GGCGGCGGUGGCGGCCCAAGAUGGCGGAGCUGCAGCUGGACCCGGCGAUGGCGGGGCUGGGAGGGGGCGGCGGGAGCGGAGGGGGCGGCGGGAGCGGGGUGGGCGACGGAGGCGGCCCAGUCCGCGGGCCUCCCAGCCCACGCCCGGCUGGCCCCACGCCUCGCGGGCACGGCCGCCCGGCCGCCGCCGUCGCGCAGCCACUGGACCCCGGUCCCGGACCCCCCGAGCGGGCAGGGGGCGGCGGCGCGGCCCGCUGGGUCAGGCUGAACGUGGGAGGCACCUACUUCGUGACCACCCGUCAGACCUUAGGCCGGGAGCCCAAGUCUUUCCUCUGCCGCCUCUGCUGCCAGGAGGACCCGGAGCUGGACUCAGACAAGGAUGAGACGGGGGCAUAUCUGAUUGACAGGGACCCCACCUACUUUGGUCCUAUCCUAAACUACCUCCGCCACGGGAAACUCAUCAUUACUAAGGAGUUGGCAGAAGAAGGUGUGCUGGAGGAAGCGGAGUUUUACAACAUCGCGUCCCUUGUGCGGCUGGUUAAGGAAAGGAUACGGGACAAUGAGAAUAGAACUUCACAAGGCCCUGUGAAACAUGUGUACAGAGUCCUGCAGUGUCAAGAAGAAGAGCUCACACAGAUGGUCUCCACGAUGUCCGACGGGUGGAAAUUCGAACAGCUCAUCAGCAUCGGAUCUUCCUAUAACUAUGGCAAUGAGGAUCAGGCAGAAUUCCUCUGUGUUGUCUCCAGAGAACUAAAUAACUCUACCAAUGGCAUCGUCAUAGAGCCUAGCGAAAAGGCGAAGGUAAGGAACCCCUCCCCAGGCAGCUGCCUCUGGCCUGCUUGUUCGCAGCCCCUCCGUGGCAUUUUCCUGAGCUCUUGCUCCUCACUUCUUCCCUGGCCUUCUAGAGCCAGCGUGGUGUUUUCCCCUCGUUUUGUUGUUUUUGACUGUGUAAUUGAAAUUGGGAUUUACGGAGCACUGACGGGUUUUUAGUUAGGAAAUAGGAACCUAAAAAGGAUAGGCUUUCUCCAUCCCCUGCCAAAUCAAUGAAAAGAAAAGCUGCUUACCGCUAAUUACUAAAGCGUCGGAAUUCUGAACUCAGACUUGGAAAGUAUUCUGCCUUUAUUCUUUAAAACUUGUUUUUUCACUGCCUCAGGAGAAAAAGGGUGUUUUCUUACCUUUGUGACCUUUACCUUCCUUAAGUUCCUGGGAAAUUGUUUGACACUGUU